CCACUUAGAAGCGACCAACGUGCAACUGCGAGAAGAAGCGGCAAAAUUCCGAUCGGAGCGAACCGCCUACCGCAAUCAGGUUGAUGAAGAGGCACAAAAUGCGAUCGCUGAGAAGGAGAUGCAAUUAAUGCGGGCAGAAACAGAUCUGGCACGGAUACGCAACGCGCGCGACGAACUUUUGGCGGACCAGCAAAUGCGGAAGGCUGCGCAAGAGCAGGAGAAAACUGCGGCCACAAAGGUGCAAGAACUUGCAGAUGCUGGACAGGCUCGGAUUACGGCGCUAGAGUCCGAGGUACAAAGGUUGCGUAUGGAAUUAGAUAAGGAGAAGAGCACGUCAGAAAGCGUUGAUGAGAUCCCGAUCGAAGAAUUGCGUGCUAAGUUCAGCAACCUGGAACGUCAGUUUUCGAUGCUCAAUACCGAACUAUCCUCGAUGCAAGUCGCCUGCAAGAAGUACUCGUCAUUGGCAUCACAGAAAGUCACCGAUUUCAGUGCCUUGGAGGAGAAGGUUGCCCGGCUCAUCGCGGAGAAGUCCAAGGCCGAUCAAAAAUAUUUCGCUGCAAUGAAGAGCAAAGAGGCCAGGGAUGUGGAGGUCCGCACCCUGCGCAUGCAAAAUGCGAAAACUUCGGACAUUGUGUCGCAGCUGAAGGAAUCCGAGGCAGCCACCCGUUCUCUGCUGGCCAACAUGGAAAAGCAGGUUAGCGAGACUAAGGAAGCACUCAAUUCGAUGAUGAACAAGAAUUACGCAGCCCAGCAGCAAGUCACAGAGAAAAACAUCACAAUUGAGGGCUUGAACCGGCAGGUGGCCGAACUCAAGGCGUUGUCAGCUUCCAAGGACUCGACAUUGGCUAGCGCCUCGAGUGCUUGUCGCCAAGCGGAAACGGAGGUGGAAGGUCUGAAGGUGACCCUGGCGGAUACCAAGAAGAGCCUGGAGAACUGGAAGAACAAGAGCCUCGGGAACUCCUCGUCCGAAUAUGAAAUGCUGAGGGUAUGGUUAUAUCCCAUCUCUAUUACUUUUUUUUUGCCAUAUUGGAUCAUCCUCGCUAACGUGCCCUACAGACUCUGGCACUCUGCACUGUGUGUCGCCGCAACUUCAAGAACACGGCCAUCAAGACCUGUGGUCACGUGUUCUGUAAAGAAUGCGUGGAAGAGCGCCUCACAUCUCGGUCUCGAAAGUGUCCCAACUGCAACAAGUCCUUCGGUAACAACGAUUACAUGCAUAUCACACUAUGAUUUGCUCAGAACCCAGCAUCCUGGGUUCCUACCCUCAACUUCGUGUAUCAUAGUCUCUUCCUUCCCUUCUUGCCUUUCUCGCCUUCCCCCUUUCACUCACCUACGUCACUUUAUUACGGCUUGAUUUUUCUUUUACCCAUUGCGCUCCAUAAUCAUGGAAAAAGGCUCAUGGUGCGGUGUUUUACUGUGGUUUAGCAGGACAGGAUAUCAGAGGGCCGGCGUUCGAUCUAAAUCUGUUCCUAUUGAUCGGAUAUUUUCUUUGCAUAGUGGCCGGGUUGUUUGGUCUUCGGGUUACCGGUUUUUUUUUUCUUUUUUUUUUUUUUCUUUUUUGUUUCCUUUUAAUUUUCUCUUUCUCUUCGUUUCUCUUUGCUGCCUUUUAUUCCUUUUCUUUUAUUUUCUUUUAUUUCCCCUUCUCUUUUCAUUACCCUCCGGUCCAGAGGAGUUGUUUUUGGAUACCCACGUCAGUGUUCGAGCGGCACCUGGGUGGGACAAUACGGUGCAUGUUGUAGGAUUAACUAGGAAGUCACGGCAAAGAGAAAGAUGAUGAAUGCAGCUAUAUUUAUACAGGAAUGUCACCU